AUGGCUUCCCCUAGUGCAACUCUUUCAGGAUCAUGCUCGGAAGAAAAUCACACGACGAUCGACUCAAGAAAGCGCAAACGGAUGCUUUCGAAUCGCGAAUCGGCAAGAAGAUCGAGGAUGAGAAAACAGAAGCACUUGGAUGAUCUUAAGGCCCAAACGGCUAAUCUAAGGGCUGAGAAUAAUCUCAUCCUCAACAACGUUAAUCUCGCGACGCAUAACUAUUUGAAGAUGGAGAGUGAGAACUCUGUGCUGAGGGCUCAGAUUGCUGAGCUCAGCCAAAGGUUGCAAGCUCUGAAUGAUAUCAUCAGCUGCAUGAGCUCGAAUGACGGUUUUGGCCCUGGAUUUGGGUAUGAUGACCAGAUGGUUCUUGGUGGGUUUGAUGAUGUGUUGAGCUCUAAUUGGAGCAUGGUCCACAUGAACCAGCCAAUCAUGGAUCUCUUCAUGUGCUGA